AUGGCAUCAGGCAGCAGAACACGCCGUGUUAUGAAGGAGAUUGACGACUGUCUCAAGGACAAGACCUCCGGUGUCGAGGUCGAGACUGUCGGUUCAGAUAUUUCUCAUCUCAAGGGACGCUUUAGGGGUCCUUCCGGCACUCCAUACGAGGGCGGUACCUUCCAGGUCGACAUCAAGAUUCCUACAGAAUACCCCUUCCGCCCUCCUCGAAUGAACUUUGAUACCAAAGUCUACCAUCCAAAUGUCUCCUCGCAGACGGGAGCUAUUUGUCUUGAUAUCUUGAAAGACCAAUGGUCGCCAGUGCUUACUCUCAAGUCGGCACUUAUCUCUUUACAGUCAUUGCUGUGCUCGCCUGAGCCCAAUGAUCCUCAGGAUGCUGAAGUGGCCCGACACUACCUCAGCAACCGCGCUGGAUUCGAUGAGACUGCGAAAUACUGGACCAAGACCUACGCCAGCGGGACUGGCGCGGUCGGCAAGGAAGACAUGAUUUCGAUGUAA